AGGGCUGGGCCUGUUCUGGAGCGUUGCUCCUCCUGGAAGACCCUGCAGAUCCCCAGGAAGGGCUUGGAAUGUCAGGCCUGGGUUUGUUCUUCUCAGUGGUCAGCCAAGGGGGUGGGACUGGGCUGAGGGUGGUGCUGCUGGCAAGAGAGCUUUCGAAAGUGUGUGUUUAACCUCAGCUAUUGUGAGGUGUGGCUUUGGGUUUCCUUUCCGGGGUUUGAGCAUAUGUGGAAGUGGAGAGAAUGCAUCUGGUGACUUCACAAACACUUGGACACUCAGGCUGGUGUCUCGGUCCACACACCUAAGAACAGCCGGAUCUUACUCAAACUUUGCAAGGGGACAGUUCCUUGGUAAGCUGGGGGGUAGGGUGAGAUGAGGAGAGUUAUGACCACCCAUCUCAUCCCCACAACUCUGUAAGAAAAGGAUUAUCAUCAUCCUUUUUUAGAGGAGGAAAAAUCAAAGCAGAGCCUCGGUAAUGGGCCCGAGGUCAACAGCUACCUCAUGGCAGAGUCCAGAUUUGAACCCAGGUUUUCUGCCCCCUCCCUCCCCGUGUGCCCAUGAGCAGUGGUAGAUGGAGGCCAGCUCAGACAGGUUACAAAGCUCCCCUGGACUCAGCAUGGGUUCCCAGCUGCCUGAGACCUGGCCAGUUGACCCCAGAAGGAAGAAAGAACAUUUCCUCAAGAUAGAAAAGAAAAACUGGAAUUAAUCCACGGGUAAAGCCAAGCCUCCUUCCAGCCUGGAUGCUGACUGGUCAGCUGUGAGGAAAAACUCACAGUCCACUGCUGGCACCAUGAACCCAGAACCUCAUGGAUUCAGCUCAGAGACACAAGACAUCAUUGAGGAUGUCAUUGAGUAUCUCAAGAAUGGUAUCAGCCAAGAGGAGCUGCAACUCCUGCUGUCUGAAGACCAAGACUGGGAGAGAUUCCAGGUUGAGGCCGACUUGUCCAGGGAUGAGGCAGAUAUUCUACAUGAAGCUCUGAACAAGCUCAGAAUGGACACAGCCACAGAAGACAAAGACAUGCUUCAAAAAGAACUGCUGGAUAGAGACAGGUUUUUGGAUGAGUUUCCUAUGGUGAAAAUGGAGCUUGAGGAACGUAUAAGCGAGCUUCACGCCCUUGCAGACAAGGUUGACAAGACACACAGGGACUGUACCAUCUCCUACCUGGUGGCCAAUUCUGUCGGUGCCUUCUCUGGUGUCCUGACCAUCCUUGGCUUGGCUCUGGCACCCGUGACAGCAGGGGUCAGUCUGGCACUCUCAGCAACUGGGAUGGGGCUGGGAACAGCAGCUGCUAUCACCAGUGUUUCCACCAGCAUCGUGGACCACUCAAACAGGUUGUCAGCAAAAGCCAGUGCCAGCAAGCUGAUGUUAACUGGCGAUCAUGAAAGUGUUGUGAAGGCUGUGCUUCCAUCACUUGUUCCCAUCACAAAGAAUUGCAUCCAAGUCUCGUCAAAGAUCACGAAGACUGUCCAUGCCAUCAAGCUGGCCAAAGACAACCCUCGCCUAGUAGCCAAUGCCAGGCGUCUCAUGACCACUGGGAACAUCUCGAAACGGAGGGGUAAGCAGGUGCAGAAAGCCUUUGGAGGCACGUCUCUGGCAAUGACCAAAGAAGCCCGGGUCAUGGGUAUGGCCACCGCCGGUGUCUCUCUUCUGAUGGAUGUGUUCAAACUUGUGCAAGAGUCACAGCACUUGCAGGAGGGGGCGAAGGCAGAGUCAGCUGAAGAGCUGAGGGAGGAGGCUCGGGAGCUGGAGAGGAAGUUAGAGGAGCUCACAGAGAUCUAUAAGAAUCUGCAGUAGGGACUGACUCAAUGACCCCCCUGAGCAGUGCCAGGAGCAGGGGAGGCUGUCAUCAGUGUGGAAACAUUUUAUUAGAGGGAAAAAGAGGACGAGAUAUUUUAUGCAACUGAGUAUCAAGGAGUUUGGCCUUUCUGUAGCUGAGUAUGGUAAGGGAAGGGUUAAUGCAGAUGGAAAGUGGGUUCAAGACAAGGCCGGAAAUGGAGCAUGGAGGCUGGAUGAACCCCCAAAAUUAUUGCCCUGAGAUAAUCUUUAAAUCUUAAACCAAAAAUAUCCCCUAAAUUCUUCUUAAAACUAUACAAUAGUUUAGCUUUAACUAGUAAAGGUUGUCUGCCUUGAGCAUUGUGCUCUUUUAAGAUCUAUCUAUAUAAGAUCAAACUGACAACAGUAACUCAAAAGUUUAGAUAGGAAACAUGAGGGGUAGUGAGUUUAUGUCAAUGAGGGAGGCACUACUCACAAAAGCAAGGUGAGAAUGGUUGCACAACUCGAAGAACGUAAUCAAUGUCAGUGAAUUAUAUGUGUAGAAACUGUUAAAUUGGUGUAUGUUUUGCUGUGUAUAUUCUCAACAACAACAAAAAUAAUAAAAAUUAAAAAAAAAGAUAAGGCAGGAAAGCUGGGGCUGAAAUGAAAGAGGAGAGGGGACUAGAGAGUGAGGGGAAUGGGAAGAAACAGUUUAUUUUGGACUAAAGACAUUGGGAGCAUGAGUGGGAGGGAGACAUGCAGGAAAAAGCAUUGAGAAAAUUAAAGAGUUGGAAAUGGGAGAAAGCAGCGUUAGAAUUGUUGGAAUACAGGAGAGGUAGCAGCAGCUCCAUUAUUGACUCUCCCCAUGGUUUGAUGUCCUAGCAAGAGUGAAGACUUUCCCAGGUGGUGGUCUCCAGCCCUCUCUUUCCAGUAUCAACUCACCCUUGUCUUUCUGUGGGUUUAUCUCAGUCAGGCAGUGACUUCUUGAUCAUAAUGAUGGUGGUGGUGGUGGUGGUGGUGGUGGUGACAAUAGAGUGAGUGGAACAUUUGGCAAGUCAGCAGCUCUUUUGGGGCAAGAGUGCACUGAAGGACCAAUGACGUUUCAAAGAAACUCCAAACGUUGAAACAGUGGUUGAUUUGAAAAAAAUGUGAAAGUAGAUGUUGGAGACAUGCCAAGGAGCCUUGUGGUAUGUGAUGGAGAUCAACCAGCUUGGAAUCAAGAUACGCAACCUCUCUGACCCUAUUUUCCUCAUCAGUGGGGAGGAGGAGAGUUGGAGAAGACACUAUCUCAGAUCCAUCUGGCUCUCCCCAUUUUGGCUUCUAUAGACUUCGGUUCAAUAAAUAUUGACUGAUAUCCUGAGCUCUUGCUGUGUUGACUAAUUGUCUCCCUUGGGCUCUAGAUGUCUGAUUUCCUUUCCCCAUGAAACUACCUUCCAGGAUCUUAGGAAGCAAGUCCCCCAUACUGCUUCUGCUCACUCCCUGGGCUCCCACUCUCUCACCCAGUCAUUUCCCUCAGACCCUGACACCCAGCAGGCCCCACUAGGGGACCCUGGAGAAACUUGUGCAUGUCUGACUUGGGCUGAACACAGGUGUAUUUUUGGCCUAGCAGUCAGGGCCCAGGAUCAACAAACAGCACUUGAGUCUAAUUAUUAAUCAGAAGGGCCUGUGUGCAAGUGUGAGGGAGGGUCAGAGAUGGAAGGACAGAGAGAGACAGCCAGACAGCAAAUAUCCUCUCCUGGCUACUGUCACAUUUCACCUGGACUCUUGUAAGAGCUUUUAGAAUAGUCUUCUUGUGAUUACACAUAUAGCACCAUCCCUGCCCCCUGCCCGUUCUCCACACUGGGCCAGAAUGACCCUUAAAGAAUAUAGAUCUCGCUGCUAUAGACAGAAGCACCAUGCAGUCCCUCCACAGCAAAGACCUGAAAAACUAAGUAAAACAGAGACAGAUGUCAGUCCUGGAACCCUAAGCA